GCAAAUAGAAGGCCAUUAGUGAUUCUAAAAUAAGUUAUUUAAUUCGCGUUGUUAUCUACGCAGUUUUUCGUGUUUUUUUUUCACUCUAUCCCCACUAAACAGUGAUUAUGCUAAUACGUUUGAGGUCAUUCGACUAACCUUCCAGUCGAACGUAUUUUUUCGGGCUUGAGAACAGCUAGGUUGUAGUAUUUUAGGUCUUAAUAUUUAAGAUAAAAAUGGCUUUAAUUUAUAGAAACGCUAUUGCCGUUGCUGAUAAGCUAGUGCCUCAGAAACUACAACCUUUAUGGCAGCACCCAGCAGGUCCAAAAACGAUAUUCUUUUGGGCACCAGCAUUCAAAUGGGGUCUUGUAAUAGCCGGUCUGGCAGAUUUACAGAGACCGGCAGAAGCAAUUAGUCCUAGUCAAACGGCAGCUUUAGCUGCUACAGGUGUGAUCUGGUCUCGAUAUUCCUUAGUUAUUAUACCGAAGAACUACAGUUUGUUUAGUGUAAAUGUAUUCGUAGCUGUGACUCAAAUCUAUCAACUGUACAGAGCUAUAAAUUAUCAGCGGAGUCAGAAGAAGGUUAUUGCAGCUUGAACAUAUCUUCUUUCUUUGGAGGACGAAAGACUACUUUUAUAUACUAGAGAACAACUAUACUCUUGUUAUUAAAUUAUUUUUUGAAUUAAAAUUUAAAUUUAUAUAA